AUGGGUGUGAUGGCCGUCCGUCUAUUCAUCACGAUUCUCCUCCUAUUCCAUCAAAUUUCUCCGUCGAUUCAACAAAGCGAUCAAUUGGAUCAAUUCACAUCUCCGAUAGAUCGAGAUGAGAUUCGUGAUCGUCGUACUUUGAACUGUAAAAAGGAUUGUCCGGACACCGUUCUCUUGAGAUCUUGUCAAAGAAAUCUGAAUGAAACCCAACAAGAGCUUGUCGAGACUCGAGGAAACAUCCUCGAACUGCAGACGGAAAUCGCAAGAGAGCGGAACGAAACGAAGGACAAAGACGUCGAGAUGAGUCGAUUGACAGCAAAAAUGGCUCAAAUCGAGGCGAACUUAAUGGAGAAAAUCACCGAGACGAAAAGGAAGAACGACGAUCUCGAAGCACAAUUAAAUCGAACGAUGAAUCUCUUGAAACUGGAUGGAUGGUCGUAUUUAGCAAAAACCGCUUCUUCGUACAAGUUUAUCGCCCGACCAAUGACAUUUGAUGAAGCUGAGGAAUAUUGUGCGAGUCAAAAGGACCAUUUAGUCUCAAUUCACAGUCAGGAAGAGAACGAUUUUGUUCAGAAACUCGCGAAAAAUGUUACUUCGAGUCUUGUGUUCUGGAUCGGAAUGAAGAGAAAUCCGAACAAAGAAAAUGCUUUUGAAUGGACGGAUGGAAGUUCGGUGGAUUUCACGAAUUGGAAGGUUGGAGAGCCGGAUUCGAACACCCACGCUUAUCUUUGGAGCAACACUGGGACAUGGGAGGCCUAUUCUCCUACCAAACACGGAAUGGGUGCGAUGGCCGUCCGUCUACUCAUCACGAUUCUCCUUCUUUUCCAUCAAAUCUCAUCGUCCAUUCAAGAAAGCGUUCAAGUGGAUCAAUUCACAUCUCCGAAUGAUCGAGAUGAGAUUCGUGAUCGUCAUACUUUGAACUAUAAAAAGGAUUGUCCGGACACCGUUCUCUUGAGAUCUUGUCAAAGAGAUUUUAAUGGAACCCAACAAGAACUCGUCGAGGCCCGAGGAAAAAUCAGCGCACUCGAGAGGGAAAUAGAUCGAACGAUGACUUUCUUGGAUCUGUAUCGGGAUGGAUGGUCCUAUUUGGCAAAAACCACUUCUUGGUACAAGGUGAUAGAACAAGGAAUGUCAUUCGAUGAAGCCGUGGCAUAUUGUGCGAGUCAAAAGGGUCAUUUGGUCACAAUUCACAGUCAGGAAGAGAACCAUUUUGUUUGGGAACUCGCGAAAACUGUUCCUUCGAAUUGGGCGUUCUGGAUCGGACUGAAGAGAAAUCCGAACAAAGGAAAUGCUGUUGAAUGGACGGAUGGAAGUGUGGUGGAUUUCACGAAUUGGGGUGAUGGAAAGCUGACUUCGUACACGCACGCUUGGCUUGAUAGCGACGAUGGAAAAUGGAUCGCGGUCAAUUCUCUUAUCUUUAAGCCUCACGUCAGUUUAAUCUGCAAAAGGAGCUCUCAAUUC